AUGAGACAAGGCCAAAGGUGUAAAUUCUAUCACCAUCCAUUGCUGCACCUGGAGUGGGUACCGAGGCAAGAUGAUAGUUUGGAGCAAACCCAACGAGGCCAAGUGGGAGUCGCUACAGUUGUAGCUAAGGAGUCUCUUCUACCCAUUGUUUUGGCAGAGGUCUUAGGAUGCAAUGGUGAUAUGAAGGAGGGAAACGUGUUGCUAGACUCUGGUGCCCAGAUAAGCCUUAUCCGGCAGGAGUUAGCAACAGAGCUGCAGUUAGAGGGCACACCUACAACCAUUACCAUUUGCAAGAUUGGAGAUGAGCAGGAGCUUCUGCACACUAACGUCUACAAAGUGCUAGUAAGAGGGAAAGGUGAAGGUGGCAAGGCUUUUACUGUGUCAGCCAUAGGAAUUCCGUGCAUUAGCGAGCAUGUACAGGCUAUCAACUUGGACGAUCUAGCAAGGAAGUUUCGCAUAAAACGGAAGGAUCUACAUAGAAGUAGUGGACCUGUGGACAUUUUGAUAGGAGUUGACCACACAAGGUUUCAUUGCGGUGAAACCAGGGAAGUUGGCAACUUCAUUGCUAGAAAGUCGAGGAUAGGAUGGGUUAUCUUUGGAGCAACACGUGGUGACAGAGUGCAUAGCAGUGCAGUACUGCAUGUAAAGUUAGCAGCACCUGUAGAUUUGACGGACUUUUGGUCAGUUGAGACAGAGGGAGUGAGGCCUGAAGGAUGCCAGUGUAUAGAGAGCAGACUCACUAGACAAGAGGUGAUAGAAGAACAGGUGAUCAGGUCCUCAGCUCACAAGAUUGGAAAGCAGUGGCAGAUAGCCUACCCUUGGCAACGAGAUCCCGAGAUGUUGCCUGACAAUAAGUGGCAAGCAGAGAAGGUGCUUCAGUCCACCGAGAAGAGGCUUGCCCGGAAUCCUGAGCACGCUAAAGCUUAUGACCAACAGAUCCAGGAAAUGGAGGAUAUGGGGUUUGCCAGGAAGCUUUCACCCCAAGAGAUGGAGUGCCAUGAAGGGCCAGUACAUUAUAUCUCCCAUCAUGCUGUUGUGAGGGCUGAAAAAAAGAGUACUCCAAUCCGGAUAGUAUUCAACUCAUCAGCAUCGUUCCAAGGCCAUAGUUUAAACGAGUACUGGAUGAAAGGGCCUGACCUCUUGAACAGUCUACCUGGAGUGUUGUUAAGAUUCAGGGAGAAGUACAUCGCCAUAUGUGCAGAUAUCUCCAAGAUGUACCACAGGGUGCUCAUACCGGAGAGUGACCAACAUGUGCACAGGUUUCUUUGGAGAAACAUGGAUGUCAGUAGAAGGCCAGACGUAUACAUCAUGAAGGUAGUAACCUUUGGAGAUAAACCGGCAGCAGCAAUGGCGCAGAUUGCUCUCAAGAUGACUGCUGAGCAGGGGGAGAGUAAAUACCCAGAAGCAGCCAAUGUACUCAAGAGGAAUGUGUACAUGGACGAUAUUUGUGACUCCGUGGAGACGCUUUCUAAAGCAGAGACGCUCACUGGCGAUAUAGAUGAGGUACUUUCAAAUGGUGGCUUUAAAGUGAAGGGAUGGUUAUCAAAUAAACCAUUGCAUGGAGACAACAAGGAAGGAGAAAUGAAGCUGCUAGAAGCCCUUGCUGAAGAGAAAGUGUUGGGUGUCGUGUGGGACAAGAAAGACGAUGUGUUCUCAUACAGAGUAAAGUUCCGUGAAGGAGUGAUGCCUUCAGCCAAUGAAGGAGAGAGCCGUCUGAAACUCACCAAGAGGAAGAUUCUAAGCCAGGUAGCCCGCGUCUUUGAUCCCAUUGGCUUUGCAGCUCCGAUCAUCGCACGUGCUAAGAUGGGUCUACAGAGGCUAUGGCAGAUGGGUCUUGGAUGGGACGAUCCAUUACCAGAGAAAGAGCAAACUGAGUGGACUAAGUUGUUUGAGGAGAUGACUUUGCUCAACAAUGUCAAACUGAGGAGAUGUCUUACACCACAAGAUGCAAGAGGCAAGCCAGUUCUGUGCAUUUUCAGUGAUGCUUCAGAAAGUGCAUAUGGUACAUGUGCGUACCUUAGAUGGCGGACUGAUGACAAUAAGUAUGAGGUGCGGUUUGUGGCAGCUAAGUCAAAGGUAGCACCACUCAAGACUUUGACGAUGCCUCGUCUCGAACUUCAAGCAGCAGUAGUAGCCGCGAGACUUUACAAGGCAAUCAGCGAGGAGAUAAGGCUGGAGAUAGAGAAGGUGGUUUUCUUCGUUGACAGCAUGAUUGUUUUCCACUGGAUCAAGUCGCCUGCGAGAAGCUUCAAGGCGUUUGUGUCAAGCAGAGUGGGGGAAAUUCAGAGUUUAACAGAUCCCUCACAGUGGAAGCACAUCCCAGGAACAAUGAAUGCCGCUGAUGAUGUGUCAAGAGGAGUAACUGUUGACAAACUGGCUGAAGUGUGGAAGCAUGGCCCUAGCUUUCUCUACACUGAUGAAUCAGAAUGGCCAGUAGAUGAGCCCGAGGCAGAUCAGCGGGCUGUUGAUAGUGAGCAGAGGAAGUCUCCGGCAGUAUUCUCAGUACAUGAGACAAGUGAAUUGCUAGAGUGCAAGAAGUUCUCUAAAUGGAGAAAAUUACUGAGAGUGACAGCCUACGUGAUGAGAUUUGUUAAUAUCUUGAAGUCCAGAAUCCAUAAGGGGCCUCUACCCGACGAGAAGACGACUCUAACUACCACUGAGUUAGAGAGAGCUGAGAUGUAUUGGAUAAAGGUAGCCCAGGAGAGAAUCAAGCCACACUUCAAGAAGGGAGACUUCAAGGUGCUCACUCCUUUCAUCGAUGAGGAAGGGGUGAUCAGAGUUGGUGGUAGAGUGGGAAACAUGGACAUAUCAUAUGAAGCUAAGCAUCCUGUUCUACUCCCAUAUGACCAUGGUAUUUCACUUCUGAUCACUAGGUACAUGCAUGAAUCAGGUCACCAUGGUGUAGCAGCGACGACAGCCAGGACAAGAAAGAGGUUCUGGAUCCUGAAGGGACACCGGCUUGCUAAGUCGGUAAAGCACCGCUGCGUGGUAUGCAGAGCAGCAGCAUGCCAGGCAGAGAUACAGCAGAUGGCCAGCCUACCAAGCAUCCGAGUAGCUCCGUUCACGCCGCCGUUUCAUUUUACGUCGUGUGAUUACUUCGGCCCAUAUCACGUGAAAGUUAGUCGAAACAAGAAAGCGAAGCACUAUGGCGUGAUUUUUACUUGUUUGAAUACAAGAGCGGUUCACCUUGAGCUAGCAGUAGAUUGUUCAACGCAAGAGUUUCUGCAGGUUCUCAGAAGGUUUUUCGCGAUUAGAGGUCACCCUAAGGUCAUCAUGAGCGACAACGGUACUCAGUUUGUGGGUGCCAAGCGUGAGUUACGAGAGAUGGUGAAAGGGUGGGAUGAUGUGCAGCUUCGAGAUUUUUGUGCAGAGAUAGGAGUUGAAUGGCAGUUCACCACGCCAUUAGCUCCACAUCAGAAUGGAUGUGCCGAGGCACUUGUUAAAAGUUGUAAGUUUGCUCUACACAAAGCAGUAGGUAGUCAGUGUUUAACACCCUUUGAGCUGUACACAUGUUUAGUUGAGAUAGCAAACCUAGUAAACCAGCGACCCAUUGGUAGGAUACCGAAUGAUCCAGAUGAUGGAAGUUAUGUCAGUCCUAAUGAUAUGUUGUUAGGAAGAGCGUCGCGAAGCGUACCCCAAGGUCCGUUUAGGGAGACAGAGAAUCCGCGUCAUCGCGUCGAGUUCGUACAGCGUAUAGUAGAUUCGUUCUGGAGACGCUGGUCUCGAGAUGUUCUUCCGCUCCUCGUGCCUAGCAAGAAGUGGAACACAGAGCGUCGUAAUGUACGCGUGGGGGACGUCGUCAUGACCGCAGAAGCAAACGCGGUACGUGGAAAGUGGACAAUUGCCAGGGUGAUACAAGUGUAUCCUGGUGCUGAUGGUAGAGUUAGGAACGUACAGUUGAAAACAGCGGUGGGCAUAUAUCGCAGACCAGUUACGAAGAUAGCGGUUAUUUAUCCCACUGAAGGCUACGAUGAGAGCGUAUAG